AGAAGUAAAAAAAAAAAAAAACGCGAUCAAUCACAUCACUUUCCACCAUCUAAAACUCAUUCAAUGUCCCUUAGGCUAACCACCACACCGCUAUCCCUUUAUCGUGGUCAAUGGCUUAGUACUCGUCUGCAACAGACCCUAAUCCAGACCCAAACCCAAACCCAAACCCAACCUUGGUUGUCCGUCGAAACCUCUGUUUUUUUCUUCUCUACUUCAGCCGUUUCUUCAUCGCGUAUUAGUAAGCCUCCUCGCACUCACAAGCAAGGAUUGUGGCCACUGAAAAAGAUUCGUAAAAAGGCCACAAAGGGCAAUUUCAGAGACUCAAUUUCAAGUACAGAGGCACCCUUCUCAGGAACAUCAAGGGGAUCUAAAACCUAUUCUGAAUCACAACAAACAAUUAUCCCUCUUGAGACUUUUAAUGAUCAUGGAAUAAAGUAUGACGCUCGCAAGAGACCCAAUUAUCGACAAGACCCUCAACAUAAGCAGCAACAGCAAAAAACAUCAAGGCUGCAAUAUGAAGACUUUCUUCCUCCGCGCUAUCAACGUCAACAUCUUUUACACCGUCAACGAUGGUUCUAUUACUUGCACCACCUAAAAUUACGUCAACAGCGUGAGAAAGAUCAUGGCUAUACCCAUGGGCAAAGGAGUCAUAAUGGAAGUCGCCAUCACCAUAAUCGUUAUAAUUUCCACCCAUGGUGGUCUCAACAGUAUCAAAAUUGGGAUCCAUGGGUUUGGCAUAUUUUAAAAGAAGCCAAGAGAGCCCCCGCAAAGGGGUUUACACUUGGAAUCAUAGCCACAGGGUCGUGUCUUUGGAUAUAUGAUUCAAAUACUUUCUACAUGCAACAGUGGGUUGACUUUCAUAAUGACCUGACUCAACUCAAAAAUCACUUUAUCAAAAAUCCUGCAAAGCCCUCAGCACAGCCUGAUGACUUGCUAUUUAGUAAUCCAGCAGCAGCAAUACCCGUUGAACUAAAAAUGUUGGGAGGAUCAUAUGCUCUACUAUUAUCUCAAGGGCACUAUGGAGCGUUCUUGAAACAUCUCAAGAUGUUAACACCAGAAGAAGUAGAGCUCCGCUUAGCACAGUAUCAGAAAUCACAUCGUAUCAUCAGCCAGCAGAAGAAGGGUAGGAAAAAUAAAAGUCAGAAGCGCUCAAGGCACCAACAGCAGCAGGGCUUGAUUCAAGGAUAUUGUGUCAAUCAGCUGUCAUCUAACAGCCCUAUUGAGGAUGAUCAGUCACAGCACAUAGUCCGAGAUGAGGAUGGCGAAAUUGAGCGCUUGUUUUUUGGUGUUUUCGAUGGACACUCUGGUUGGUGUUGCAGCCAAAAGGUGGCUAGAGAGCUGGCCCCUUCGGUUGCCAAGGCGCUCGACCUUGUCAAGGAUCCAGCCGAUCCUAAAAGCGUGAUCGAAGCUAUUGAACAGGGAUUUAUAGAACUGGAUCAGUCGAUCGUUCAAAAUACUGUCAAAAGAGUAUUAGAACAUCCUUCUCGCCAAUUGGCAUGCUCCUCACUCUUGCCAGCCAUUUCAGGCUCGUGCGCGCUCUUAGCUUAUGUCGAUGUUCAAGAAAGGGAUCUUUAUGUUGCCUGUGUCGGUGAUAGCAGGGCAGUGAUGGGUGUUCGAGAACUUUUGCCAGAUGGUACCAGGCAUGUCUGGCGAGCCGUUUCACUUUCAGUCGAUCAGACAGGUAGAAAUCGAAAGGAAGUCAAAAGACUCCAAGCGGAGCAUCCGGGUGAGGAAGACAUUGUCGUGAAGCGAGGUCGAGUCUUGGGGGGUCUUGAACCGACAAGAGCCUUUGGUGAUGCUCGCUACAAGUGGACCAAGGACAUUCAAGAAAAGGUCUUUCAUUUAUUUCCUUCCUAUCGUAAACCAUAUACACAUCUGAUCACUCCACCUUAUGUCACUGCAAAGCCAGUGGUACGACAUCACAAGAUUCAGCCCAAUGAUCGGUUUAUGAUCAUGGCGACAGAUGGAUUAUGGGACAAGUUGACGUCAGAUGAAGCUGUACAACUGGUUGGAGACUUAUUGGACGGGAAGGUUGGUCAUCAUGAGAUGAUUUUGGAUGGAGAGGGCAUCCGGAAAUAUAAGAAGCAGCGUAAAAAUGCUCAACUUCAACAGCAGGCAAGCAACGCGGUAGAGCCAACAGUCAAUGGCGGAAAAGUAGCAGUACCUGAACAGGCUAAAGCUCCCCAGCAACAGCAAAAAGAAGAAAUAGAAGAAGAUGAGCAGGAGGAGGAGGAGGAAAAGGAGGAGGAAUUGACACCUCUUGGUACGGCACGCAAAGGUCCAGUGAGCCAGAAUCGAAAGUUUACGUACCGAGAUCAAGCCAAUGCCUCGACACACUUGAUUAGAAACGCGCUUGGAGGAGCAGAUGAUGAUAAGGUGGCAGCAACAUUAUCUAUCCCAUCUCCCAUGAGUCGCGCCUACCGCGAUGAUAUCACAGUCACUGUGGUAUUCUUUGAGGAACAGAAUACUAUCCUGGCGUUGUCUGACGCGAAAGACUCAGAUGGGAUGGUCGAGAUCCAUUAACAUAAAAGGCGGUUUUCUUUCAUUAUAAAUUAUAUAAUAAACAAAUUACAAUAUCAUAUGAG